CUUUGUCCUCCCCCCCUCCAUCCUAUACUCUGUGUAGUCUAUAAAGGAGAAAAGAAAUGUACUUAGUAGACAUACAUAGAUGGUGCUGUUGGAAUAUUAUGCUGCCUAAUUUUGGCCCAGUGGAAUUCCCACAAAUGCACACAAAGACUCUUCCUGGUACUGGUACUGCCAUGCCAUUCCUGAGACGCUUUUGACUGUUGGGGGGGCUGAGUGGUAGCCAGGUAGUCCUUGGAACAGGAAGUCCUGUGUCUUUUUUAAAGGGUGAGAGCAUAGCAUCCUCCCUGGUGGUCCCUUCCCCAACAGCCUGGGGGAGACCUUGACCUGAGUGAUCCCUAUGUCAAGGACUUCCCUGCCUUGGCCCAUGUCCUGCAGAGAUCUAAAGCCUGGGCAGAAGCCAUGUAUUUCUGCACCUGAUCAGUCUCAGGUUCUCUUGGGAAUCUUGGAAUGUCACCUUCGGUGUGAGAGUUCUGUAGUGUAGUGGAUCCAAGAGGGAGGUGCUGCCUUCUCUUGGCUGGAGCUUGAAGCCUCUCAACUACUGACCAUCAGUUAUUAUUGUGUAGACUUUGUUUAUUUUAGGAACGGAUUUGCACACGAUGAUUCUGUGAAGCGCUCAGUGCAUGAGUUGUGAAGUGAAGAAACAAACUUGACAAACCAAGGGCUACAUUAUUUGAGGGGAGAAAGUGACCCUACACAGAGCCUAACCGGUCACACAACGCCUGUGGAGAGCGUGAAGAUUAAUACAAACGAAGAGCUCAUUGUGGCAGGAUCUCAGUCAGGCUCCAUUCGGAUCUGGGACUUGGAAGCAGCCAAAAUCCUCCGCACAUUAAUGGGCCAUAAAGCAAAUAUUUGCAGCCUCGAUUUCCAUCCUUAUGGAGGCUUUGUAGCUUCAGGCUCCAUGGACACCAACAUUAAGCUUUGGGAUGUAAGAAAAAAAAGUUGCGUCUUCAGGUACAAGGGCCACACAGGGGCCGUUCGCUGCCUCCGCUUCAGUCCGGAUGGGAAAUGGCUGGCCUCUUCCUCUGAUGACCACACGGUGAAGUUGUGGGACCUGGCGGCUGGAAAGAUCAUGUUUGAGUUCACAGGACACAUGGGACCAGUAAACGUCAUUGAAUUCCACCCCAAUGAGUACCUUUUGGCCUCAGGGAGCUCCGACAGGACAGUCAGAUUCUGGGACUUGGAGAAGUUCCAGACAGUGAGCUGCAUUGAGGAAGAGGCCACACCCGUCAGGUGCGUGCUUUUCAACCCCGAUGGCUGCUGCUUAUACGCUGGAAGCCAGGAUGCCCUGCGGGUGUACGGCUGGGAGCCCGAGCGCUGCUUUGAGGUGGUCUUGGUGAAUUGGGGCAAAGUGGCCGAUUUGUCUAUCUGUAACAAUCAGUUGAUUGGCGUUUCUUUUACCCAAAGCACCGUCUCCUCCUAUGUUGUGGACCUCAGCAGAAUCACAAAAUGUGGGUCUGGGCUCCAUGGGCUGAUCAGAGAUGACAAACCCCUGAGUCCUCCGCCAUCUCUGGGCGCCUCUCUACGGCGAAUCUAUGAAAGGCCAACCACCACCUGCAGCAAGCCCCAGAGAAUGAAACACAACUCAGAGAGCGAGAGGCGCAGUCCGAGCAGUGAGGAUGACAAGGAAGAAAGGGAAUCCACUGCAGAGAUCCAGAACUUGGAGGAUUACAAAGAGAUAUUCCAGCCAAAGAACGCCAUCAUACGAACUCCCCCCAGCAAGAGCGAGCCCUUUCCUGCCCCUCCAGAAGACGAGACGGCACCUGCGAAAGAAGCCUCGCGGGCUGGUCAAGCAGCAGACGCCGCGUCCCCGUUGCCAGGCCAGGAGAGGGCAGACCCUCUUCAGAGGCAGCCUGUAGCUACCUCAACCCCAAUAACGCGGGUGGAGCCCUCGGUGAUUCCAGCUGCCAGGAAUGAGCCUAUUGGGCUGAAGGCCUCGGACUUCCUGCCGGCCGUGAAGAACCAGGGCCUGAUGGACAUUGUGGAUGAGGAGGCCGUGUCCCAGAUCCGGAAGGGUCAUGAGACCAUGUGUGUGGUGCUGACCAGUCGCCAUAAGAAUUUGGACACUGUGAGAGCCGUGUGGAGCACGGGGGACAUCAAGACUUCGGUGGACUCUGCGGUGGCCAUCAAUGACCUCUCGGUGGUGGUUGACCUUCUCAACAUCGUGAACCAGAAGGCGUCUCUGUGGAAACUGGACCUCUGCACGGUGGUCUUGCCACAAAUAGAAAAGCUGCUGCAAAGCAAAUAUGAAAGUUACGUUCAGACCGGCUGUGCGUCCCUGAAGCUAAUUCUGCAAAGGUUUCUGCCCCUGAUUACGGACAUCCUUGCUGCACCCCCAUCGGUGGGCGUGGACAUCUCCCGAGAAGAGAGGCUCCAGAAGUGCCACAUGUGCUACAAACAACUGAAAAGCAUCGGCGCUUUCGUCAAGAACCGGUCCGGCCUCAGUGGCCGCCAUGGCAGUGCCUUCCGGGAGCUGCACCUCCUGAUGGCCGUCCUCGAGUGAUCGCUGUGGCCAGGCUGCCCCUGCCUGCUGCUUUGCCCUCCAGCUCUGGAGAUGCUGCCAGGGAACUGUCUUAUCGCGGCCUUCCGGCAGGCAGCUCUUCUGCACCGCACCCAGCCCAGUGCCUUACAGGAGCCCUUUCAAAGCAGGUUUCCCUGCUAUGGCACCACCAAUCUUCCUGCACUUGUGCAGCUGCUGCCUUCGGGGAGGUUGCGGAGGACAUGUGGCUCAAACUUCUCCUGGCUGAAAGGCUCCCAUUGCCUCCCACCCUUUUCCCACCUGCCAGAAAUGGUGGUCAACGCCUGACUCACGUCCAGCUCUCCAGCCAUCUUGAAUUGUGGAGGACCAGUAUAGGGUCACUGGUAUCCUCCAUGACGCGGCUGUACCAGGGCCUUUCCGCUUGCCUUUCGACCUGCAGGGCCUGAGUCAGAUUUUUCUGAUAACAGAGUCGUGGCUGGUUCCUCUCCCUCUUCCCACCCCCCACCCCCGGGAGGAAAGUCUCUCGGGACUAUGGAAGAGAAGACUUUCCCUACAUUGCUGGAGCCAGCCGAUCAUACAAUUGUAACUUAUGAUUUGAUUAAAUGUUUGUAACUGGAACUGUGUGUGAGGUACAUUCUGCAAUUCAGAAUAAACCAUCGUCCUUUAUAACUCAGGCUGGCUAGAGGCUCUCGCUGAAACGGAGGGUUUAGCUCAAGGUCAAAGAGCAGUGCCAUUUUUUUAGCUGCAGAGCUUGAAAUCCCUCCAUGGAAAAGCCUCACGUUGACCUUAUUUUUGGUUUGUUUGCUGCAGGAAAAGUAAACAUUUUAGAGGAAAUUUAAAUGGGACUCAUUUAUGAGAGUUUAAUUUCCUUUAAAAUGUGUGUGUGUGUGUAUAGUCCUAUCUAAAUUGCCUCUAAAAUGUUUAUUUUUUCCUCCAGCAAAAAUAUAAACAUUUGAAGCCCUGUGAAAAUCUGAUGAGAUUUUAUAUAUGUAUAUAAUUACACACACACAAGCUAUCUCAACCUGUAUUUGUAGAUUUAGUAUUUAUUUGUAAAUAUAUUUUAAAAAUCAUGCUGAGGACCCCUUUCUGUCUUUCAAGAAGGGAGGAGGAGGAGGCGGCUACCAAUUUGAACAUCUCUAAGGAAAUGUUGGAAAGUGCCCAGUAUUUGCCUUUUGCUUUGUUCCUCUGGAUUGUUUCAUUGCUGCGCAUUGGUUUGUUUUGCUGAAUGUCUCAACACUGACUUGCCUCACUCUGGCCGUCCGUGCCAAAAAAGUGUAAAUGAUCUAAAAUCACUUUUAAUUUUAUACAUAAAAUUAAUGUAAGUCUCGA